AUGAUCUCCGUAAAUUCAUGCGCGGAGGAAGCCAAAGUGUUUGGCUCAGUGGCACAUGUCCAUCCUGGUAAGCAUGCGGGGAAGAAUCAAAAGGUGGUGAAGUCUGGCACUUCCAGCAAGCCGAAUGCAACCAGUCGCAGUGCGUGUUCGACUUGUGGGAAGAUGCACUCUGGUGUGUGCCGUGCUGCUACGGGAGCUUGUCACCGUUGUGGAAGUAUGGAUCACAAGGUGCGGGAUUGUCCUGAAGAAGAUCAAAGGCCGAAGAGCCAGAACAGGAGCACUGGGGAACGCGUGUGCUACAACUGCGGGGAAACUGGACACUUCAAGAAUCAGUGUCCAAAGGACGCACAAUCUGCUGGGAAGCGUCCGAGUGAUGGGCCUCAGCCGGCUGCGAAGAGGCAGGCCAUCAUGUCGCGGGUGGAAACCAUUGGUGAUGAGUCGUCGGACCCAAGCACGUCUCGUCCGAUCACUGAGUAG